AUGUUGCAAUCGAAUCAUCAACAACAUUCAGGAAUUUCUCAUCAUGAUUACCAUGAGGAAUCUACCAUUCUCAAUAGUAGUACAUUAUCCUCUCAGUAUCAACCACCAUCACAACGUUCAAACUCAACACCCACAAAAGUCUACGGAGGAGGAACACCUAUUCCUUAUUCCGAUGAUCAUACAACACCUCAAGUAACACUACCUCAUCAACGAGGUAGUCGAUCAUCGAGUAGUAAUUUGAGUUCCUAUUCAACACAGCGAAUUCAAACAAAAAGUCCUCCUUCUGUAACGAGUACUGGUAGCGGAACUAAUUAUAAUGGUAUAUAUUCUCCAAAGACAUCUCCUUCUUCAUUCAAGGAAGAGAUUUCAAGUUCUGAGUGGACAGUGUUACCAACACAGAAUCAUGAUCAGUUAUUUCCUUUGGAAGGGCACGCUACUAUUUAUUGGGAACAAAGUUUGGAAGAUGAGGAUGAUUUGACACAACCAAAUCAAGUGACUUUAAAUAGAACCUUAAAUAUGAUUGUUUUAUAUGGAGGAACUGGACCAAUUCGUGGGAACACAAAUCAAAUUUAUUGUAUGGUUCCAAAACAUUCUGGAAAUAUUACUACUAGCUCAAGUACUCCCCACUUGCCAUCGUCGUCUUCACUGUCGACUGUACAACAAUGUAAAUUUCAAUGGGUGUCUCCUCCUACACAUUACAUACCUACGUAUAAUCCAACAAAUUCUCCAGUUAGUGAGCCAAAUGUAAUUCAGAAAAAGUCUUCAAAGACGAACGUGCUCACUGGAUCUCCCUCCAAUAGUGAUAGAUCUGGAUCAGCUUCUCCAAGACGCUCUUCUCUCGAAUCUCUUUAUAUAGAUGAUGGCUCUUCUGAGAUACCUCUAUUCAAGUCAAGAUAUGAUCACACGUUUGUUUUGUGUGGAAAUAACAAGGCAUACAUGUUUGGAGGUAGAAAUGGAAUGUUUUCAAAAACACCAUUGCAAGAUUUUAUUUUAUAUUCUCUCGAUAUGAACAUUGAAAAUCAAUUCACAUGGGAAAUAGCUCACAUCCCUCCUAAAUCAGACAGAGAACUCUCAUUCCUAAAACAAUCACAAAAAGACGUAACUGAUUUGUACAAUAGAGAGUCACCCUUACCUCGGUUUUGCCAUGCAUGUUGUGCAGUCAAUCAAAAACAGUCUGUUCUUCAACCCAUUAGAAGCAUAAGCUCCAUAUCCAACAGCGCAACAAAUCUCGAUACUGAAUCAGAGAGUGACUCCUUAUCAGAUUUGUCAGCAGGAGGAGUUCUUAACAAUAACAAUGCUGGAUACGGUGAGAGUACGACAAAUUCAUCAGGAAUUAGCUCAGGAUCAGCUCGGUUCAACAGUGAUGGAGGUGUUGUAUUGGAUUGUGCCAUGCUAUUAUUUGGAGGUGUUGCCAUCGUUGAUUACAGAUCUAAGAAGUGCAAGGAAACUAAUGAUUUUUGGAUGUUUAACUGCAAGGAACGAAAAUGGCUCUCAUAUCCUAGCAUCAUCCAACGAUAUUUCAAAAACUCGUCGAGUAUUCUUCAAUCCAAAACAUUAGAUGAUUCACAAUACAUGCAAGAAAUAUCUCUCUCGUCGAAUGGUAAUCAAGAAAAGAAAAGAGCUUCACAGACAUUAACGUUGCCCAACAAAAUGUCAAUACACAGUGCCUAUGUCCCUGAAGCAAGAUAUGGCCAUCAAAUGUGUGUGGUUUCUAAUUCAUUGGUUUUUGUUAUUGGUGGAGCUACUUAUGCAAAAGACAAAAUGUACAAAGAUAUUUGGAUGUUGUCUCUCAACACAUUUGAAUGGAGAAAAGUGAAUCUUUCACAUCACAAAUCGAAUGAAAGGUAUAUUCAGAAAAUUCCAAUUCGAUACUCUUCACACGUGGUCAUAGGAAGGAGAAUACUUUUGUAUGGUGGACAACUGUCAUAUGACACUGGAAAUUAUUUGAAAGAGUUGCUUUGUUUUGACACUGAAACGUAUACUCUCUCUGUCAUUGAAAAUAGUGUCUCUCCACGAUUUGAUACAGGACUUGUUAAACAAACCAUGAUUCUCUAUGGCAUGGAUAUUCUGAUCAUUGGAGGAAAGAGAGGUGUUUCCUCCUACAGAUAUAAUGACAAUGUCCAACAAUUUUCUCUCAAGCUACUUUCGAUGCCAAAGACAAACCAAAAGUUUCUUAGAGAAAAUACCAAACUGAAAAAGUCAAAUCAAAUUUUAAACCCUAAUGAGAUUGAUUAUCAGAUACAAAUUUUUGAGAGCGCAGAGGACGAGGAGGACGAAUUCUCUGCUGCUAAUGCUGUAAAAAUUCAAUUAAUUGCUCAAAUUUUAAUUAGCGAAAUGUCAACAAGCGAUUAUUCAAGAAAAGAGGCACUCAAGUACCUUGCAGAGUUUACACAAAUUGAUGUUGUAAAACAAUUAUUCAGAGAUCCAUCCAUACACAAAGCUUUGGCAACCAUCAUGCAAUCAGGCUCAAAAUCAGAUAUAAGACAAACCGCUAAAGUCUUAAUGCGUUAUUUCAAGGAUACAGACCAAGGAACAUUGCCAUUUAUCAUUGCUAGACAGGUUUUGAAAUUUAUAGAGAGCUAUCUCACUUUAAUUAACUCUCUUAUUCGUUUGGGAGAACCUAUCCGACAAACGUUACAUAUUGACUACUUGAACCUGUUUCAUCUGAUGUGUCAAAACUUUGAGUAUUAUGAGUCGCUUUCUAAGGAGAUUAUUUCAGUGUUUCAUCAAUGCUUCAAGAUGCACAACCCUCUCUGUAAAGCAUCACUCGAUGUUUUACAAUUAGCAAUUUCCUCAUUUUCCUUUUUAUCGCUCAAUGCCAUGCAUUUUGCAUCAAAGUGUGACAAGGACCUCUGUGCCACACUUCGCCAAUUCAUUGCACAAUCAGAAGAUGCAAAAGCAAAAGCUUUACAACAAAAGGAUAACAAGGAACUUCAAGGCUCCGUAAUGAAAUUGGAUGAACUUUUGAUGCGCCUCAAAGAAGCUCUCUCCAAACUCUCCUCUCGAAGCAAAACAAUUAAGAAGCAUCUAGGACGAACACUAAAAGGUCACAACGAUGAUGAUGACCUAGAUGUAUGA